CGAACAUGUCCAUGGAGACAGAUCGCAGCGCGACAAAUAGAUCUUCCUAACCCUCAAGCCUUGAUCGACAUCCCAGCCAGGGAAGCCCCUACCCAUCGCAUCGCAUCUCCUCUCGCGAUCCCAAUCAGCUCUACCGAGCCCCAGCGCCAGCAGAAUGAUUGGCCCGUCCAUAUACCACCAUAUCCCAGAUCCGGUGUAUCCGAAAGAAUCCCCUCGAUCUGCACAGUCCCCUUGAUCAAGAUGCAGGUACGCAAUACACAGGAUGCGACGCGUCAAAAAGUAGUCCCUGACUUGUCUUCACCCCCUCAGCCGGGUUGAGGGGGGAGACGGUGGUCAUAAAACCCUCCUAUCCUCGCUGGGAACCAGACGAGCAAAACUACCUUCCAACAUCAACUUCACUCCUGAAUCUCUAACUCAGCGGCGAAAAGCAAACCGACACAAUGCAAUCCAAAACCCUCCUCGCAUCCCUCCUCGGCCUCGCCGCGGGCGUCACCGCCGUAACAACAGCCAACUCCACCUCGACCUCCAUCGCGGCGGCCGUGCAGCUCCGUCUCGUUGACCUGGACCUCGGGUAUCAGAAGACGUACUUUGAGCUCGAGCGCGCCGCAGCGGGGGGUUCUGGCGCUCCUACCGCUGACACCGUGAUCACCACAUACAACACGACCGUCGCCGCCGAGAAGCAGGACGUGGAAUCCAAGGCCCAGCCCACCAUGGCUCUACCUGAAGCGGUGCAACUCGCGCUUUGCAAUGCUUAUCACUCGCUCGUCCUGAACGGCAACACCCUGAACAAUGCCUGGGCUGAACAUGCCGGACUGUUCGAUAAGACGCAGAAGAAUACGCUGCAGGAGCUGUUCACGACGGUGAAUGAUGAGACCAGUCGGUUCUUUGCGGAUGUGGCUCAGAAGGUCUUGCCGGUUUGCGCGGCGGUGGUGCAGGCGGAUAAUGCGGCGCUUUAUCAGUCGUUGAAUCGGGCUGUUGUGGCCUUGGAUCCGUCGGCUUGA